AUGGCUGAUACCCCCGAAUCCGACGUGUCCCCUAUGGGCCGGAGCCCUCGCGCUACUGCACAAACAGCCGCAGAUGGAAAGGAGCCCCGCCGGCUUCUCUCCCCGCUGCGAGUAGGACUGAGUGCGAAUGAGAAAGAAGAGUUGCACACGGCGUCUACGUCCAACGGAGCUCCCAAGAUCAUGCGGUCUGCUCCCACCGGCUCGCCCUUGUACACCAAGGAUCCCGGCGAAUUCCCCUUCAACGCACCCUCGAAUACGGCCAAUGGCACAGUUCCUCCUUCAGUGGCGGCUGAAUCGCCUGGCAGAGUCCACAAGCCGUCCUCGCACAUGUCCAACAAAUCGACCAGCUCCUACUAUCCACCGUUCGCACCCGUCUCGAGACACCCGACCGGCGACGAGGCGUCCGAGCCCAGGGAGCGCAAGAGCGUGCAGUUCGUCCGAUCAAACACGUACGGCACCGACUCACAAGCCGCGACGUCACGGCAGCAGUCAUGGGACACGGAGGAAAUGGAGGGCAAGGGCAAGGAGCGAGACAAACACGGGUCGUCGUUGAUGGGCAAGCUGAGAGCUCUCACCGCGCCCAUGCAGGGCCACGGCCGGACUGCUUCCUCCACGCAUGGCGCCGCCUCUCCACACGCCCCCCUGUCGCCCACCUCGGAGCGCGACGAGCCCCGGUACGACAUUCAAGACAGCGAGGCAGAUGCGGACGGCGAGUCGAGUGCAGGUGAAGGGUCCGCACGCCCGUCGCGGCGGAGAAGAAAGAGCAGUCGUAGGUGGUUCGAUGUCGAGGGCGAGGGCACACAGACGGCACCCACAACACCCAAGCAGACCGGCAGCAACCACUUCUUCUCACGAGAUCGCGACUCGCCCAACGCCACACCCACUGCUGCGACGGCCAACCGUCCUGGCUUCAUACGUCGCGGCACCAUGAGCGACAUACCCGAGCACGAGCGCCAGGGCUAUUCCGAGGACGAGGGGCGCUCCCGCAUCGCCAAGGAAAGCGCGUGGAAGCGCGGACUGCACAGUGCGAGGGGUCUGUCAUAUGGUGGUCUGCGACAGCAUGACUCCAAUGCAGAGGAAGAGGAAGGCCCCGAAAGGCGUCCGGGCCACCAUCGCGGAUUCACAGCCUUUGGCGCUGCUGACGGACGACCCUCUCCUUGGAGGAUGCGCGGCGAGCGAACAUCAAGUCUCAGCGCGCAAAAGUGGAAGUCUAUCAAGAACAGUCUCAAGCUGCUGGGCAACAGGGCCAAGGCGGAGCGUCAAGUUGACCACGCCAAGUCUGCAGAGCUCAUGGCAGAACUGCUGGCUGGUGCGCCUGCAGCCCUAUUCUUGGCCAGCAUGUUCCAACGGGACGAACGCGGACAUAAGCGCAUUCCUGUCCUGCUCGAACAAUUGAAAGUCACCAUCACCGAGACCGACAAAACAAAAGACAAGACUCUGAAAGACGGCGACCGACACACAGCCUUGCGCGUUGAACUGGAGUAUGGCAGUGGACUGACCCGCAUGAAGUGGGUCGUCUACAGGACCGUGACCGACUUUGCCAAUCUGCAUCUGAAGUUCAAGAUUCAAGAAAAGCAGGAUGCAUUCAGGAACAGACCCUCGGGACGCGGCACUGAUGAGAAGGGAGAUGAGAAAGAAGACCCACGAACAAAGCUCCCUCGGUUUCCCAGAAGUGUAUUACCGUACCUACGAGGUCUGCGAGGUUACGGCGCGCUAGAUGACGAAGAAGAGGAGGAAGAGGAGGAGAUUGCUGCAGCAGGGCACGCCAGUGGUCCUGACGGCGAUGCCAGUGCUACCGAUCGGCCUGCUAAGAACAAGCGACGGAAGUCGUCCUUUGUGCUUGCCCGUAGGAAGUCAAGCAUUGGAGGUAGCGAACAGCCUGCUAUGCCGCUCUCAGCACGACAGGGUAGUUUUGCUGGAGCAGGCGGGCCCAAUCAAGCCAAACUCAACCACCAGGACCGGCAACGGAAGAAGCUCGAGACGUACAUCAAGCGCCUCAUCGCCUACCUCAUCUUCCGGCCCGAUAGCAACCGGCUGUGCAAAUUUCUCGAACUGUCCGCCUUGGGUGUUCGACUAGCUGCUGAAGGGGGCUACCACGGAAAGGAAGGGUUCAUGAUGAUCAAGUCAUCCAAGGGUGUCACGAACAACAAGAAAUGGCAUCCCAUGCCGAUUAUCAACCGUUCGUGGCCGAAGUGGUUUCUCGUUCGCCACAGCUACGUCGUCUGCGUAGAUUCUCCAGAAGAAAUGAAUGUGUACGACGUAUUUCUCGUGGACGCCGACUUCAACAUGGAGUCGAAGUCCGGCAAAUUGCGGGACAAGAAAGCUAGGGACAUUGCCAGCGAAGCCAAGGCGUCCGCCACGGGCCAUCACCAACUCAAACUUGUCAACUCUGAGCGCAAGAUGAAGCUACUCGCUAGGAACGACAAGAUGCUGCAACAGUUCGAGGAGUCCAUCACCUUUAUGACUAAGAACACUCUCUGGUCGCAACCUCAGCGCUUCGGCAGCUUUGCGCCUGUGCGAAAGAGGAUCUACGCUCAGUGGCUUGUUGAUGGCCGUGACUACAUGUGGAACGUCUCUCGUGCGAUCAGCAUGGCUCGAGAUGUCAUUUACAUUCACGACUGGUGGCUGAGUCCUGAGCUCUACUUGCGACGACCUGCAGCCAUCAGCCACAAGUGGAGGCUCGAUCGACUGCUGCAACGCAAAGCGCAAGAGGGUGUCAAGAUCUUUGUGAUCAUGUACCGCAACAUUGACUCGGAGUAUUCCAAGUUUUCACUUCUCGACCUGCACCCCAACGUGUUCGUUCAGCGUUCGCCAAACCAGAUUCGUCAGAACACGUUCUUCUGGUCGCAUCACGAGAAAAUUUGCGUCAUCGAUCACACCGUUGCAUUCUGCGGUGGUGUCGAUUUGUGUUUCGGUCGUUGGGAUACACCACAGCAUGUAGUGGUUGAUGAUAAGCUGACGGGCUUUGAGAUCGACGACAACCCCAAGGACGCCGACCACUGCCAGCUGUGGCCAGGCAAGGACUACUCCAACCCGCGUGUGCAGGACUUUUACGCUCUUGACAAGCCCUAUGAGGAGAUGUACGACCGCAGCAAAGUUCCCCGCAUGCCUUGGCACGAUGUGGGCAUGCAGAUUGUGGGCCAACCUGCGCGCGAUCUGACCCGUCACUUUGUCCAACGAUGGAACUACUUACUCCGACAACGCAAACCUUCUCGCCCUACACCAUUCCUACUCCCACCGCCAGAUUUCAAUCCCGCUGAUAUUGAGGCGCUCGGUCUGGAUGGAACGUGUGAGGUGCAGAUCCUGCGAUCUGCUUGUGCUUGGUCGCUCGGUACGCCCAACAAGGUCGAGCACAGCAUCAUGAACGCCUACGUUCAGAUGAUUGCGACCUCGGAGCACUUUGUCUACAUUGAGAACCAAUUCUACAUCAGCAGCAGCGAGGUCCUCGGUACCAAGAUCGAGAACAAGAUCAAUGAUGCCAUUGUCGAUCGCAUAAAGCGCGCUCAUGCCAACGACGAGGAUUGGAGAGCAUGUAUUGUAUUGCCCCUCAUGCCAGGCUACCAGAACACGGUCGAUGAGCAAGAAGGUAGCAGUGUUCGACUCAUCAUGACCUGCCAGUACCACAGCAUUUGCCGCGGGCCGACGUCCAUCUUUGGACGCCUGCGUGCGGCUGGCAUCGAGCCAGAAGACUACAUUGAAUUUUACGCUCUACGAUCUUGGGGUGAGAUUGGACCCAACAAGAUGCUCGUGACAGAGCAGCUGUACAUUCACGCCAAGAUCAUGGUCGUUGACGACCGCGUUGCCAUCAUUGGUUCUGCCAACAUCAACGAACGCUCCAUGUUGGGCUCGCGAGAUUCUGAAGUGGCUGCCGUCAUUCGUGAUACGGAAGUGCUUGACUCUUACAUGGCAGGCCAGCCCUACAAGGUCGGCAAGUUCCCCCAUACGCUUCGCAUGCGGCUCAUGCGCGAGCAUCUGGGCGUAGACACCGAUACUAUUGGCGAGGAAGAAUGGAUGAGCCAAAUGUCCGAUGCCGAUAGCGUCGGCUUCCAAACUGAAUCGUCGUCGCCCUCAUCUCCAGCCGCACAACGCGCAACUGAGGCGAAGCUCGAGGAGAACAAUUACCGCAUGCAAGACGACUUGAUCGCGAAGGCGGAAAAGCUGCACAGCUUCAACCAUGAUUUCGACUGGGCGCAAAACGACAAUCCACAUCUCAAAUCCAAUAAGAAGCAGUCCUCGGACCCUCGCGUCAUGAACAAUUCCGAGCAUGCAAAGGAUGUGCGCGGUGAGGGUGCUGAUCAUAUGCUAGACGUGGAGGCAAAUCGUCCUAGUGUUUCACAAGGUCGAGAUUCUUACUACGAUGAGCAUGGUCACGAAAAGCUUGUGUCUGACGUCGCGGGUGAAGGCUUGCAUCCCACGCCAAAGAAGCAUUCGACAAGUAGAACCCGCGGUCGUAGCAACACUACGGGGACGAGGGCGAGCGGAGUGAGCAGCCAACAAGAGGGUUUCGCCGGUCUUCCACCACCGCGCCUCCCGCGUAUGGAUACUGCCAAGCUUGGCCUGACACAGCUUAGCCAGCUGCCCGCCCUGCCUCAUCUUGACGACACUGAUAUUGGCGGGCCUCCCCUUCAGCGCACAUUCAGCCAGGGCUCAUCAUCUCUCCUCAAUCCUUUGCUAACAGAAAUGCGCCGCCCUAUUGUCACCGACGACUGCAUGCGCGACCCUAUCAACGACUCGUUCUUCCUCGACACGUGGCACCAGGUCGCCGAGAAUAACACUAAGAUCUUCCGUCAAGUGUUCCGCUGCAUGCCAGACAACGAAGUGAAGACCUGGCCACAGUACAAGGAGUACGCAGCUUUUGCUGAGCGCUUCACAAAGAGCCAAGGUGGAGACAAGAGCCAGCAGCACAAACAGCAAGAUGCUCCCGGUAAGACUGGACCUCCUGGUACCUCCGGCCCUAUUGCAGACAGAUUCAGCAUGGCCGCAAGCUCCGUCGGUGGUCAAAUGUCGGCGGCAGGCGAGAAGCUGUCUGAGAAGCUCACCAAUAACUCUGAUAAAGAUACACUGGGCAGCACACACCACUCUCGCGUUGGUGGCGUAGAGCAAUGGACUCAAGACCAAGAAAAGCGCAUCGAAAGUCAAAGCCAGGACCGCCUGAAGUUGUCAACCAGCAACACAACUGCCGAGUACAACGAGAAGUCCGGAGAGAGGAAGCCAGCAGACGACGCCAUCGUCUCACCCAUGGUCCCCUCCCAACCCGGCAAAACAUUCACUUUCCCCGCCCCGCCGCCUGAACCCAUGCCCACCGCAACCGCCGACUUUGCGACCCCAACAACACGCAAUCGCACCGUUACCAUCUCCGAGCCCGCACAUGGCAACACUCCACAUCGCAGCGCGACCAAGCGCUCACGUCGUAGAGCGACCACCAAGUCGAGCAACCGCGCCUUUUCCGCCACGGAUCUAGAUUCCAUGCUGGCGAAGGAAGAUGCAAGGACAUUGCUCGGUUUGGUACAGGGUCAUCUUGUGCUGUGGCCGUAUGAUUGGCUCGAGACGGAGGAGAAGGGUGGGGGCUGGCUGUAUAAUGUCGACCAGAUUGCGCCGUUGGAAAUUUACAAUUAG